GAGCGCGGCAAAGCAAGUAUUAUUCGAAAACAAACCGAAGCGAGAAGAAGUCUGAAGGCGAGUUCGAUAAACGCAAGUUUACCGAAGUUUAUACAUACAAACAAGCUAUUGAGGAAUAUUAUCGAGAGUGUUACGAGAAGAUACAAUAAAAAUGCCAGCAAUCGGAAUUGAUCUAGGUACCACCUACUCGUGCGUCGGAGUUUGGCAACAUGGGAACGUGGAGAUCAUCGCUAACGACCAGGGAAACAGAACGACACCAUCUUACGUGGCCUUCACGGACACCGAGAGGCUCAUCGGCGACGCCGCCAAGAACCAGGUGGCUCUGAACCCCAACAACACAGUUUUCGACGCCAAGAGACUCAUCGGCAGGAAGUUCGAUGACUCCAAGAUACAGCAGGACAUGCAGCACUGGCCCUUCAAAGUCGUCAACGACUGCGGCAAACCCAAGAUCCAAAUUGAGUUCAAAGGCGAGACGAAGAGGUUCGCGCCGGAGGAGAUCAGCAGCAUGGUCCUGACGAAGAUGAAGGAGACCGCCGAGGCUUACCUCGGCAUGGCGGUCCGCGACGCCGUCAUCACCGUGCCGGCCUACUUCAACGACUCCCAGCGGCAGGCCACGAAGGACGCCGGGGCCAUCGCCGGCCUGAACGUCCUACGCAUCAUCAACGAGCCCACCGCCGCCGCGCUGGCGUACGGCCUGGACAAGAACCUCAAAGGCGAGCGAAACGUUCUGAUCUUCGACCUCGGCGGCGGCACGUUCGACGUCUCGAUCCUGACCAUCGACGAGGGCUCGCUGUUCGAGGUGAAGGCGACGGCUGGAGACACGCACCUCGGGGGCGAGGACUUCGACAACAGACUGGUCAACCACCUGGCGGAGGAGUUCAAGAGGAAGUACAAAAAGGACAUCAAGGGCAACUCCCGCGCCCUCCGGCGUCUCCGCACAGCCGCCGAGCGCGCAAAACGCACUCUGUCGUCGAGCACCGAGGCCACCAUCGAGAUCGACGCUCUGCACGAGGGCAUCGACUUCUACACGAGAGUGUCGCGGGCGAGGUUCGAGGAGCUCAACUCGGACCUGUUCCGCGGAACUCUGGAGCCGGUCGAGAAGGCCCUCAAGGACGCCAAGCUCGACAAGAGCUCCAUCCACGACGUGGUGCUGGUGGGCGGUUCCACGCGCAUCCCCAAGAUUCAGAGCAUGCUCCAGAACUUUUUCUGCGGCAAGAAGCUCAAUCUGUCGAUCAACCCGGACGAGGCCGUGGCCUACGGCGCGGCGGUCCAGGCGGCCAUCCUGAGCGGGGAGCAGCACAGCAAGAUCCAGGACGUCCUCCUGGUGGACGUGGCGCCCCUGUCGCUUGGCAUCGAGACCGCCGGCGGCGUCAUGACCAAGAUCAUCGAGCGCAACGCCAAGAUCCCGUGCAAGCAGUCGCAGACGUUCACCACGUACUCGGACAACCAGCCGGCCGUCACCAUCCAGGUGUACGAGGGCGAGAGGGCCAUGACCAAGGACAACAACCUGCUGGGCCGCUUCGACCUCACCGGUAUCCCGCCGGCGCCCCGCGGCGUGCCCAAGGUGGACGUCACCUUCGACCUCGACGCCAACGGCAUCCUGAACGUGUCCGCCAAGGAGAACAGCACCGGGCGCAGCAAGAACAUCGUCAUCAAGAACGACAAGGGCCGGCUGUCGCAGGCCGAGAUCGACCGUAUGGUCGCCGACGCCGAGCGCUACAAAGAGGAGGACGACCGCCAGAGGGAGCGGGUGUCCGCACGGAACCAGCUGGAGUCGUACGUGUUCAACGUGAAGCAGGCGCUUGACGAGGCCGGGGACAAGCUGAGCGAGCAGGACAAGGAGGCGGCACGGCGCGAGUGCGAGGAGGCCAUCCGGUGGCUGGACAACAACACGCUGGCCGACAAGGAGGAGUUCGAGCACAAGCUGAAGGAGGUGCAGCGGGUGUGCUCGCCGGUGAUGAGCAAGAUGCACGGUGGCGGGCCGGGCGCGGGGGCGCAGCAGCAGCAGCAGGCGCACCACACCGGCCCCACCGUCGAGGAGGUCGACUAGAUCUGCUUCUACCUGAGUCUUGACUGUGAUCUCCCACCUCUAGCGUUUAAGUUACCGCGACUGACUUUAGUUUCCUGUGGCGAGUAUUAUUGUAAAUAUUGUGUUAAGAUAUUUAUUUUGUAAAUAUAGGUUAAACUAGUCAAAAAAUAUCUUGUGCAGCUAGGAAUAGUAAAAACAAUAAAUACGUUUAAGUAUUCACUUUA